AUGUUCAAUAGGGCAAAGAAGGAUUUCAGGGUCGAAGUUCUUGUGCCUCCAAGAGGAAAGAGAAGGGGCAAGCAUCCUGGUUUCCGGAUAAGACCUCGAGUUACUAGGCCUCAGUUUGGGUCGAGAUGUCCUAUGUUUCUGGAGAAUGACGUAGUUGUCGUUGACCAUUCAAUGAAGCCUAGUACAUCAGAAAGGAGCGUGGAAUUUGCACGGUCGGAGUCUUCAUCUUCCCCUAGUCACUCGGAGAAUAAGAGAAACCGUUUGUAUGCUCCCCUUUCGGCUUUAUCGUCACGUCUUUGCUUUGAUCGUUCCGAGCAAUUCCGUCAUACUCACAGUGAAGAGGAGGAUGCAAGCAGUGCGGCUCAGCCAUCCACAAGUAGACAAGAUAUUCAGCAACCAAAACCCAAAGAGGCGGGGAGGGAAAUAGUUUUCUGUAAGAGUGAAACGUCAGCGCCUCCACCACGAAAGCCAAUAACGAUGAAUGAUGAUCCUCCACCUCGGAAGGCAAUAACGAUGAAUGAUGAUCGAGCGGCGCCCUCCUCUAGCACUUUUCGUAAAAAGGACAUAGUGUUUCGGAGGGGUUUUCAGGAAUCACGUGUACCUGAUCCAGCUCCAAGGAAAAGACAGGUGCCUACAAAAGAUGAUCUGGAGAAGUCCCCGCCGUCAGAACGACAUGUGCACAAGUCUGAAACAUUGACCGUUAUUAUACCUCAGAGGAGGGUUGCUUUGCAGAAACAGGAGCAGAAAAUUGCUCAAUCCACAAAGUCAACGGAAUCUUCCCCCAUUGUCGAGAAUAAGCCAGCUACCGUACCACCCUCUAAUGGCCACUCAAAGAACAAAGACGAGAUGCAGCCCGUGAGCGAUGAUGAAUCCGGUGACGAAUUGGAUGGCGGGGUACAUUCAUCAAUAUUUUCUUUAGGAUUGAUCGAUCCUCCGGUCAUCAAAUCGACGAUUUCUGAGGAAAGCUUCAUACCGUACUCUUUGGAUACACACAUGCGUUUUCCAAUCAGGACAGCAGUGUACGCGGUUACGACUCAUUCUAUUGAGCAAAAAGUUUUCGUACUGCGGAACAAUUUUAGCAUGUCGCCGACUAAAGCCAAGUUUUGCAAGGACUUUAAUGCAGCAAACGCAAUCCUGUAUUUGAAGGAUCCCAAAAUGAUCAAACAAGUGGACAGCCAACUACAAAACCUCGAUGUGAAUAAAUGGAUGAAGUUCUCGUGGAAAGUAAGAAUGAAGGCGGCUAUGGCCAAGGUUAGUUAUUUUUCAUCCAAAUAA